CCGGUCACACUAAUGUUAUUAUCCUAAAUAUUCUAAAAAAAUUGAAACAAAUAUAUAAAACAUGUUUUUUAACGGUUACUUUAGUCUCCAAUUAUUGGCUUUGCAUCGGUAUCGAUAUUUACUGCUGAGUUUAAAAGCAUACGAUGUGCACAUUUCUCUAAUAAAAGUAACCAGUUACGUUUUAAUAUAAGUUAUUUUGAGAACAUGAAGCGGGCAGCAGCAUUUAAAGAGUCAUCCUCGCAGAUGUUACCCUAUAAAGUAGCUAAAAGUGAGUUUUGCAAGCCCAGUACUGAAGAAAAAAUUAAGAACUUAAAUGAUAAGAUGGACAUGGUUUUUCACAAUCAAAUAAAAGUAUUGGCGAUAUUGCGGUAAGUUUAAAAAUGGUUUGGACCCCCAAAACUUUCCGGCAUAAGAGGGAUGAUGAGCUUUAAAUCUGAGGACUGGAUAUCUCAAGCAUUUCCUUUGACGGAACUGGAGCAAAUAGAGACGGUAGAUGAGGAAAUGAAUGAUCCCGUUAAAUCAUCUUUUUACAUCCAAACCAUGAGGCAUACUCUUAAGCCCGGGGGGAGGUCACGUCCUGGUGGGCUCAAAAAACACUUUCAUCUUAUACUAGCAUGGUGGUGGCAUCCACAAUAAGAUAUCCCUGAAAAAGUUUGAAAAUUUUAACAACGCCUUAUUUGAAGUUCAAAAGCGGGACGGAUAUGACAGAGACGGGAAGCCAUGGCCAACAUCGAGCCUGAAGUUACGAUUGAAGAGGUCUUGUUUCCAGAAUAACGUACUUUAAAAAGAGUCAGUUAAGAUUUUGGCUUAGGGGCUGUUCACAUAAUACGUAAAAAUCCACAGGAGUAGUCAUCUCGAUAGUUUUGUAAUAUAUUGUAGGAAUUUUAUCUGUUAAGUUACCUGGUAACUAAGGGUUAUUUAGUUCCAAGUGUAUGUAUGUUUAUUGGGGAUUUUAAUCUAUAUAGUCUAUAGAACUCGCGUGCCAAAACGAUUAGAUGAGGUCGCCCAUGUCUCAGUAUUUGGUUUCCAAAGCUCCCGCCUCAAAAAUAUGGUGCCCAGUCGUAAACCGGUAUCGCUUAGUGAGAGACCGGCACUGGGCGGUGUUGAUUCUAUAUUUUGUGGUUAGCUGACUUUACCGAUAAGAAAACGAAAAUGCGGAAAGAAAACGGAAGACUUUGGGGAAAAUUAAACGAUGGCAAAUUUGAAGUGCGCAGUGUCACCCAAGCCGAUCUGGAAGAGGCUCUAGAUGUUCUCGACAGUUCAUUCUUUCUUAAUGAAUCGGUAUCCAUUGCUUGCGAAAUUAAUUUGCCAGAAAAUAACCAAGCUCGACUGGAUCUGCGUGAGUUGUGCAGAAUAACAGCUCUGGAUGGAAUUUCUUUGUUGGUAAAAGAUGUGGAAACGGGACGAGUGGUGUCAGUGUCCUUUAAUAAACUUCAGUUCACACCACCACCUGGCGAGGAUCACUUUUUUCUGAAAUUCCGCAAUGAAAGCGCGAAAAGUCCGCAGGCCCGGGGUCUAAUGGAUUUUAUGAUCGAAGUGGACGGAAGAACCGAUGUGUGUGCUAUGUACAACAUGGAUUGCUUCUGUGAACUGAUGUUUCUGGCCACUUUGCCAAGCCACGAGCGGUUGGGUCUGGGACGCUCAUUGUCCCAGUUCACCAUUCAGCUCACUCAGGAGCUGGCUGACGGUAAGGGCACGGAGGAUAUUGAUGAAAAGCUGCGUUCCAAACGCCCUGCAGCUGUCACCGCACUCUGGACCUCAAGCUUCUCCCAGAAAGUGGGUAAAGCCACCAACUUCAAAGUGCUGAACGCGAUUUCCUAUUCCGAAUUUGAGUACAAUGGUAAGCGCUUCGACGAGCGCAUAAGUUCUCUGCACAAAUUCUGCGAACAUGUUAUUUAUAAAUUUUGAAAAAAAAUAAAGUAACUUGUAACAAAAAAUUUAGUUGUGCGUCGGCCGGGAAUCGAACCCGGGUCAACUGCUUGGAAGGCAACUAUGCUAACCAUUACACCACCGACG